GGGGGGUUCAUCUUGUUAAUAUAUUAAUUAAGAGGAACUGAUGGGGGCAUUCGUUCUGCGGUGUGAGGGGUGAAAUUCUUGGAUUGCCGCAAGACGAUCGACUGCGAAAGCAUUUGCCAAGAAUAUUUUCAUUAAUGUUGUAUUCCAGUUUAUUUGGUUUUGUUUUAUUUGAUUGAUUUCGAAUGUUAUACAUUUUUUGGAUGGUAAAACGUUACCUUAAUGUAAACUUACAAUUAACUGUGUGUGUUUUUAACAAAUGCAUGUUGCCAUCGUCUUUCUUCUCCUCUCGGAGCCACAAUGUUUACAAAUUAAGAAUUACUAAAUAAUGUAAAUGUGAUUGUAUUCUGUUCUCUGAUUUCUUCCACACAAUUGCUAAAAAAGCGUUCUGCUCUGCACCUCUGCCAUUUUAGCAUACCUAGUUAAGUUUUUAAUUGUUCAUUUCAAUUAUUUUCUUUUCAAAAAGCAUGUUACCCUUUUUCAUAAAGAAAACCAAAGAGCUGACGAUAUCUAGGUCAUUCUAUGAAUAAAUGUACAUGUUUAGGGUUCAAAGUGUGACUUUUGACCCUGUCCCUGGUACAUCUGAACUUUGUAGCUUGCUAUUCAUAAUCAAUCUUAUAGAGGAUUACUGCAUUAAGGAGUGCAUCAGAAUUAUAAAAUCAUGGAUGUCAGAAACAAGGACAGGGAAAAAGUAGACUCCAAAUUUAUAGAAUCACAAAUCUGUCACUUCUCAGGCAGGAGAAAGAAAAGUAAAAAAUGUAGGUGAAUAAAGUUAUUUUCCAUGAACAGUCUUUGAAAGCAAAAUGUUUGUACUUGUAGCUACGGCUCUAUUUAACUUCAGCGACCCUCCGCUACUACAACAAUAUACGUGCACAUUUCUGAUGCACGCCGCCUUUUUUAUAUAUCUAUGCAGGACCGUACAAUUCAUAAUUAACAUUAAUCUUGAUUUCUUGGCCCGAUACUCCUUAACUUCAUUUUGCAAUUAAUUGUGUUUUAUGCAUCUUAAUCAGUUUCAGAGGAACUGGUACAUUUUUCUACAUAUAUUUUUGAUAAUAAAAUAAUUUUCUAUGUCCUGACAAUUGGCUUCCGAAAAGGGUCUUUGUUGACGAGAUUUGAGCUCGGGUUUGGUUUCAUUGUCUUCCUGUUUUUGUUUUGUUUUUGCUUUGUUUUGUUUGUUUUUUGUUUAGAUACUCUCCUACUGUAUUUUGCCACGUUGGAAUUGACAGAUCAAUGCGUUGUUGAUGUACUUCAGAAAUAAAAUUAAAUCCCUGAAUAAAUCACAGUCUCAUCGACUGCAUCUGACCAACACAAGAAAAUCCGCUAAUAUACGCCACCAAGAUAAAAAAAAAAUGAAAUAAAGAAAACAGUUCUUCAAUCAAUUAGAUAUUUUGUUAGCCACGGUCAAUGCAACCAUCACUUCACACUGCUGUAGGCCUAUCGGGAUCGUGUGGAUACGAAGUACACCAAACCCAUCCUAAAACCAUAGAGUUACAAUCCAGCGUAUCUAUUCUCCAUCUCCGCUAGCGCGUGCCGUACAUGCGGUGAGACCAGGCGCACUAUCCCAAAACAUUGCCCAAAAAUGGCAGGCAUCCAGUCAACACGACACACGACGCCAAGGAUACUCCAUGCCCCGCGGUCGAGUCUAUAGUGCCGUGUGCAAAGCUUUCAAGAUUCGCCAAGAAUUCUUGAGAGCUUUUUUUUCUCUCUGUCUGUUUUCUUUCGUACGCGCGCUGCCUGGACGGGAUCAAGUUCACCACAACAAGGACGUAUAUCUCACGGGAAAGAGAUUUAUUCAACUGAACGGCGAUCUCUAUUUGGGACGUGGAUCAUCAAUAACAAAGGUUCCAAAAUGCCGAUGUAUGGAGGAGGGAAUAAAUGCCCAAAGUGUAUGGGAAGUGUGUACAAGGCCGAAGAAGCGCCAACCCCGGUACAGGGCCACACUUGGCAUAAGCUAUGCUUCAAAUGCGACAUGUGCAAUAAAAUGUUGGACUCUACCACAGUCGCUGAGCACGAACUGACAUUGUACUGCAGACAGUGCCACGGUAAACUCUACGGGCCGAAAGGCUACGGCUACGGCGGAGGGGCUGGCGCUCUAUGUAUGGACCAUGGGGAGAGAUUCGGUAUGCAGAGGCCGGAAGGGGGCCCUUCAACAAUGGCACAGGCUUAUGCAGGGGCCGACUACCAGUGCACACCUCCCCCAGAAGGAUCUGAUAUCUGCCCACGAUGCGGCCGGGCCGUCUAUGCUGCGGAGAAGAAACUCGCCGCUAACCACUCGUGGCAUAGCAAAUGUUUCUGCUGCGCUUACUGCGGCAAGGGGCUAGAUUCAACCACAGUGAGGGACCGAGACCAUGAAGUCUUCUGUGCUCACUGCUACGGUAAGGGAUUCGGUCCUAAGGGCGUUGGCUACGGAACAGGGGCGGGAACUCUUAGCACCUCUUAGUCUGGCACCAUCGUCCUAAAGGAUGAAGAAUGGUGAUACAAUGUUCCACGCACAAUAUUUACAGAGACUUGGGUGAAUGUUGGCAGCAGAAAACAGGCACCAACCCUGCUUAUAAGACCUUGAAGUGUUAUACCGGAACGCGUGAUACCUAUACCGAAACCCAAUUUCACAACAAGAUUAGGCCCAAUUUCAUGGCUCCGCUUGCCCCUUAAAGGGGAAUCUUAGCAGACAAUUAUGUGCUUUAAUCGGUAAACGAUUUCCACAGGUAAGCAGGUUUUUGUUGUUAUCAUCUCGUAGGGAUUCUGUACGCAUAGGGUUAGCGCAUAAUUUUUUCGUUGGUUCCACAAGCACAGAAUAGUGAUCGCUUACGCGCAGAAUUUGGUGGUUAACAGCGUAUUACAAAAAUGGUGAAUAGUUGCAAACAAAGCACCCGCUAAAAAAAAUCCCCCUCCACCAUUUUUUCUCGGUACGAUAAAGCAAAAAGGUGCUACAUAAUGGGUCUCCUAUGUUCAUAUACUUCAUUUACCUGUCUGGUUCCAUUCUCCCCCAGCGCUUGUAUCCGCUGGCAAAAGGCGCAACAUCAAUACAUGUUAUUAUUAUUAUAUGUUAUUAAAAUCAAGUUUGAAUAUUGAA